AUGUCGUCCAAGCCCAUUCGCGAGUUCGAUGCCAAGCUGCUGGUCAACUACUGGUUGCCCAGGUCUCCAGUAGCUCAUCCCUCUCUCAAGCUCAAGGAAUUUAACGCGCCAGUCGCAAAGGUCGCGCAAGUCUCUUGGGACCCAGAGACUAACACAGUGACCCCUGAAACUGCUCUGCCUAGCUGGGUGCACGAGGUAAAGCUGGUUGCCAAGCCCGAUCAGCUCAUCAAGAGACGCGGCAAGGCGGGCCUGCUGAAGCUUAAUUCUGACUGGAAAGACGCACAAGCGUGGAUCAGCGAGCGGGCAGGCAAGUCACAAAAAGUGGAGACAGUGACGGGAACCCUCAACAACUUCAUCGUGGAGCCAUUCUUCCCUCACCCUGCAGACACAGAGUUCUACGUCUGUAUCAACUCUGCACGAGAGGGAGAUUACAUUCUUUUCACUCACGAGGGAGGUGUAGACGUUGGCGAUGUGGACGCAAAGGCCUUGAAGCUGCUGAUUCCCGCGGACCCAGAGCAAGGCUUCCCCACGCGAGAGCAGUGGACUUCUACCCUCUUGCCGGGUGUCAAGAGCGCAGAGAAAAAGGAGCACCUUACCGACUUCCUGAUCCGCCUUUACAAUGUUUACGUGGACUUGCACUUUGCCUACCUCGAGAUCAACCCUCUUGUUUGCACAGACGAUGGCACGAUCACUUAUCUCGAUAUGGCUGCCAAGCUGGACCAAACUGCAGACUUCAUUUGCGGCCCCAAGUGGGCAAUUGCUCGUGACCCAGCGCUGUACAACAAUUCAGUCGCUGGUCAAGCGGGCGGCGUUAAAGGAGAAGACAGAGGACCUCCGAUGUUCUUCCCUGCUCCUUUCGGCCGUGAUCUUACCAAGGAAGAAGCAUACAUUCAGAAACUCGACUCGGGUACAGGUGCUUCUCUGAAGCUGACUGUCCUAAACAACAAGGGCCGCAUUUGGACUAUGGUCGCAGGAGGUGGUGCUUCAGUCGUGUACAGUGAUGCCAUUGCCGCACAUGGAUACGCGCACGAGCUGGCCAAUUACGGAGAGUACUCCGGAGCGCCUAGCGAGGGCCAGACGUACGAGUACGCCAAGACAAUCCUUGACUUGAUGACUCGUGGCGAGGUCAACCCUCAAGGCAAGCUUCUCAUCAUUGGAGGAGGCAUUGCCAACUUUACCAACGUGGCUGCUACCUUCAAGGGUAUCAUUCGCGCCUUGAAGGAAUUCAAGCAGGCUCUUUCGACCUAUGGAGUCCGCAUCUUCGUUCGUCGAGGUGGGCCAAACUACCAGGAGGGUCUUAGAGCGAUGCGCUUGCUCGGCGAAGAUCUCGGAGUCGAAAUUCAAGUCUUUGGCCCAGACACGCACAUUACAGACAUCGUGCCUCUUGCUCUUGGUAUCAAAUCCGCUGCUGAUCUCGAUGUGCAGCACAAGCCUUUGCCCUCAGGUGCGCAGACUCCCAACGCGCCCGCCAACGGAGACGCUCCCGCCCAGCACCCUACUGGUCACGUCGACCCUCAGACUGGAGAGCGAACCCAGCCGCAAGACCAGAUCGUCACUUUUGACAGCGUCACUGGUGUCCCCAAGAGACCGGCUCAUGUGCCAUUCGAUGAGCACACCCGCAGCUUGGUCUACGGUCUUCAGCCGCGCGCGAUCCAAGGCAUGCUUGACUUUGACUUCUCCUGCGGCCGAGCUUCGCCCUCAGUAGCAGCCAUGAUCUACCCGUUCGGGGGCCACCACAUUCAAAAGUUCUACUGGGGUACCAAAGAGGUCUUGCUGCCGGUCUACACGAGCGUCGAGGAGGCUGUCAAGAAGCACCCCGACGCAGACGUUGUGGUCAACUUUGCCUCUUCACGCUCCGUUUAUCAGUCAUCGCUGGAGAUCUUGAAGCUGCCCCAGAUCAGAGCUUUGGCCUUGAUCGCAGAAGGAGUACCUGAACGUCACGCCCGUGAGAUCCUUUGGCGAGCGAAGACUGCUGGCGUGCUCAUCAUCGGCCCAGCGACCGUGGGUGGCAUCAAGCCAGGCUGCUUCCGUAUUGGAAACAGUGGUGGCAUGAUGGACAACAUCCUUGCAUCCAAGCUUUACAGGCCUGGAAGCGUUGGCUACGUCUCGAAGUCCGGUGGUAUGUCCAACGAGCUCAACAAUAUCCUUAGUCUGCAGACCAACGGAACGUACGAAGGUAUCGCCAUUGGUGGUGAUCGCUACCCAGCGACCACUUUCUUGGACCACCUUAUCCGCUACGAGAAGGACCCCAACUGCAAGCUGUUGGUGCUGCUUGGUGAGGUCGGUGGUGUCGAGGAGUACCGAGUCAUCGAUGCGGUCAAGAAGGGCGAGAUCACCAAGCCCAUCGUUGCUUGGGCCAUCGGAACAUGCGCCAAGAUGUUCACUACAGAAGUUCAAUUCGGUCACGCCGGAUCUAUGGCCAACUCUGAUGCUGAGACAGCUUCGGCCAAGAACGCUGCGAUGAAGGCUGCCGGCUUCAUCGUUCCCGAAACCUUCGAGGACCUGCCUGUCGUCUUGAGACAAGUCUACGAGAAGCUCGUGGCCAGUGGGACCGUCGUGCCCAAGCCUGAGCGCGCGCCACCUGCGAUUCCCAUCGACUACAAGUGGGCGCAGGAGCUUGGCAUGGUCAGAAAGCCUGCGGCGUUCAUUUCCACCAUUUCCGACGAGCGAGGUGCUGAGCUCAUGUACUCUGGUGUCAAGAUCUCGGAAGUCUUUGCCUCAGAGAUGGGAAUCGGUGGUGUCAUCUCUCUGCUGUGGUUCAAGCGUCGCUUGCCCGCCUUCUGCACCAAAUUCAUCGAGAUGGCCUUGAUGCUGGUCGCUGACCAUGGACCUGCCGUAUCCGGUGCCAUGAACACCAUCGUCACUACUCGUGCUGGUAAGGACCUCGUGUCCUCUCUCGUUUCUGGUCUUUUGACCAUCGGCGACCGGUUUGGCGGUGCCCUCGAUGACGCUGCAAAGGAGUUCAGCAAUGCCUACGACUCUGGAUUGACACCUCGUGAAUUCGUCGACAAGAUGCGCAAGGCUCAACGCUUGAUUCCAGGCAUCGGUCACAAGAUCAAGAGCACCAGCAAUCCCGACUACCGCGUCGAGGUUGUGAAGGAAUUCGUAAAGAAGAACUUCCCAUCUAGCCGCAUGCUCGACUACGCCCUUGCUGUCGAACGUGUGACCACUGCCAAGAAGGACACUUUGAUCCUCAACGUCGAUGGAUGUCUUGCUGUAUGCUUCGUCGACUUGCUCAGGGACUCGGGCGCAUUCACCACCGAAGAGGCAAACGAGCAGAUCCGCAUUGGCUUCCUCAACGGCAUCUUUGUCCUUGGACGCUCAAUCGGUUUCAUCGGUCACCAUCUCGACCAGAAGAGACUCCGCGCUCCCCUCUACCGUCACAGCCCCGACGACAUCUUCAUCGACAUGGCUCAACCUCAACGUGUCGUUGGUCAGAUCAAGAAGUAA